AUGACUGUCACUGGACAGAUACUCCGCAAGUGGACCAAGGAAGGCAAGGUGAUCUACCUCGGGGGAGUUCUUCUAGAGGCGGAUCAACCAAGCUACCGCGGCGGUGGCACCAGUCUUGGAGAGACCGGCUCGCGGACCUCUGAGGUCCCUUACCGCCUCCUUCGAGCUGGGCAUCUGCGUCGCCGCGAGUCCCACAGUUGCCUUUGUUUGGUCAGGAAGCAGAAAGGACUAUGCAGCAGUGGCCUCAGCAAGCUCCUUUGCUUUAUGGGACUGGAGUUGGAGGUCAAGGAACAGGUGUUGGCUGAAGUUCGGCGACAGGUUCAAAUGGCAAUGCAGCCUCAUCAGGUGGAGAUUAGUAUGGUUCUGAUGCUCGCGGGGAAGUUCUGGCUGGACUUUCACGGGGCUUGGGAGAGGCCCGAGCAGGAGAUCAAGGCGGCUACCACGGGCCUGAACUUCGUCGUGGGGGUGAUCCAGCUGCCGCACAAGGGAGUCGCAGUGUACAACCUGGGCAUCAAUCUGUGGGAGUGUGUGGUUGCGAGUGGAACAGCUGCUACGACGACGUCUGCCUCUCAGGGUACUGCUAUGGCAACAUCGAUCAGCAACAAGAGCAGUGAGCCCGAACAAGUGAAGCCCGGCAUCUCCGAACUUGCUCGACUACCAGAGCUUUCGGAAACAUCUUGUAUCGACGUGGGUGAUUGGCUUUAUGCCUUGGAGUGUUCCAUGGGUGACCUCAGCCUUUGCGAAUGCCACUGUGAAGGAACGAGUAUGCUGCUGGCGCUAACGGGGGCGCUACCGGUUCUCGGGAGGGUCCUGGUCCUCUACCGCCCGGGGAGCACUGCAGAGAGGCAGCAGAUUUUGAAGGCGUUGGAGCUCCCGGCUGUGGCGAACACAGCAGUUGAAGCCGUAGAUGCUUUGAGAAGGUAUACUUUGGAAAUGGACGUGAAGCCUACCCAGAAGGCCGUGGAAGACUUGCACCAAGCCCUCCUCUCCGAGUUCGAGCAAGUGGCCUUCCGUGGCUGCCGAAGAGGGACAAGUUACAAGUACAGCCACGAGGUGGACCGCAAGCAAAAGCAAGGAGAUGAGGCAGCUUCGGAGGAGAUUAAUGCAGCUACCAUGGUGCGGGUGCAGUUGGCCAAUGGAGAAGGACGUCGCGGCCUUGAAAUCAAGCACUUAGUGCACGGAACGAUUCGUCCUAAAGUGGUUGGCCCAUGUCCCCUCAUCGGGGAAGUGCAGGCGCUUGAGUUGAUACGCGAGCUCGAGGAGAAGCGUGUUGAUGAUUUGCAGCGGUCUACGGCGGCUAUACAACGGUCGUUGUGGAUAUGGGACUAUGGGUGCUGUUGGUCGCGCCAUCUUGAAAUUUUCCUAGACGAUGGGAUAAGGUCAGCUCACUUGCUUGCAAUGGAGGCGAAGGAUUCACUCUUUGUGGACUUGGAGCCUGCUUUGAAGGGCUCCCUUGCCGAAGAAGUUUCGUUGACGGACAAGGCGGGAUGGAACUACUUGAAGGUAUUGCUUAUCUCAAGGAGGAAGCGCAAGCAAUUGAUGAGCUCGACAUGGUUGCUCAAUCUCUUUGCGGGAGGUGUUGAGGGCACGUCCGAGUUCAAGCUUUUGAUUUUAAGAGGGCCAUGGGAGCGUAUAGAGCUGUCUCGUGACGGGGAGGAUCCAGGGAUCUUGCCUUCUCCACCGAUGCGGACCAAGGCAGAUGAAGAGCUACUGGCGAAAACCAUGUGGUGCUCCCUUAUAGCCAAGGCGGCUCGGGUUGCUCGUGGAGCUUCACCUCCUUUCGUGAUGAUUGAGGGUGCGAAGAUCAUGAACUAUAUGAACACCAUUGCCACUCAAGAAGCCUACUGGGCUCCAAAGGGCUUGGCCGCGAUGGACGCUGGGUCUUUCUUGGAGUCCUUGUCUAAUAACGAGCUGGAGCAAUGGAGAAUUCAUUUGUGGAACAACCACAUCCCUUACAACAAGAAGUGCAAAACGGGCGUAGUGCAGAUCCGGACCAUGCAGAUUACCGGUUUGCCUUGGUGGGCGCCUAUGUGCUUCCGAAGAUUCAAGAUGAAGUACGAGAUGGGGGUCCACAUGCAAAUGAAGUACGAGAUGGGGGUCCACACACAGAUGAAGUACGAGAUGGGGGUCCGCACACAGAUGAAGUACGAGAUGGGGGGUCCCCAGACAGAUGAGGUACGAGAUGGGGGUCUUUUACCAGAUGGCUGUGGCCUCAGUGACAGUGGCGUACCGAUUCAUGGUGGGGAUUUUGAGCCGGAGGUUGUGGAAGAUUCGGGUCAUGGAGUUGGUCUUUUGCGUGAAUGGCAGGGUGGUGAGCUCUUUGAAGUUGGGGAUGUGGAAAGGCCUUCAGCUGAGGAGGAGCUACGACUGCCGAAGGGGAUGUCAAGUGAAGAGUUUCAGGAGAUUUUUUCCCAAGUUGGCGGCGUGGAGGGCUACAAGGGGAUCUAUGUGAUGAGUCCGUUGAGGGCCAGGGAGCUGAGGAGUGAUCCUUUGAAGAGAUGGUUGGCUUCACGUGGCACGUACACUACGUACACUGAAGGUCAGAGCCCACAAGCAAAUGGCAGGGCGGAGGUUGCGGCCGGUGGUUUGCGAUAUGCAAUGUGGAUUCAGAUGCAGAAGCAGCUCUACCCAGAUAAGGAGUUGGUCCCGUUCGGCACCCGGGUGCAUGGGAAGAGGAAGGUCUAUGGAGCCGGGGGCCGAUAUGAUCUGGAGAGCAGAUGGGGAACGGGCUACUAUGUGGGCCCAAGUGCGGAUGUCAAUGAAGGAAGUGUGAUUAUGAUGGACAAGGGCAACUUCAUUACAACGUCGCAUAUGAGGCCAGGGCUGUUUGACGCAGAUCGAGAAAUUGAGUUGGAAGAUCAUUAUGCCUUGGUAUCGGUGCCCUCGAGAAGGUUGAGGCUCCUACCCUUGGAUGGCAAGAAGCCUAAACGUUUUGGGGUACAAGAUGAUGAUGAAGCUGUUUGGGUGUCUGGAGCUUUCGUUCAUGGCGGCGUGGUGGGAGUACUCAAGAAUGCUCGGAGGUAUCCGCUUGUAACCAAGGCGGAGCCCCACAAGGAUGCCCAUAACGUUGGUGUCAAUGUUGUGAUGCCGCUUACGGACUUCGAGGGCUGUGAUAUGAUCGUUGAAAAGGAUGGUUCGAGUACAACCCUGAAGGUGAACGAGGAUCCGCAGUUCUUUGACCCUCAUGACAGACACUAUACUACGCCGUGCACGAAGGGAGCAAGUUUGAUGUUGGAGGGGUAUUCAAUUAGAGAUAGUGCCAAAUUGAACCCAGAAAUGAUGGAUUGCCUCACUGAGGUCGGGUUUGAUUGGGACUCUCACCGGGCAUCAGAAGGAGCCGAUCAAGGUGAAGUUUGCAGAUUGGCUAUAAUGAUGAUGAAUAAGGCCCAAGCGAGCUACAAGGAGAAGGAGAAGACCGACACCGACAACGCUGCCGAUGCCGAACGGAUAGACUACGUCAAUGCGGACCUCGAUGCGGCGAUUCAGGAUUUGGAAGACCGAGCUGCUCGCCUACGGGAUCUACUUGAGGAGGAGGAGAUUAUGGCAGAGCAAGCAGCCCGGUUGGGACAAACGGUUCGGGAUGAGCUUGGAGAUGCCAGGGACUACGUGUGCAAGUACCUGGACGACGUGCACAAACAGCUUAUACAGUUCCAAUGCCUUCGAGAAAGGGAUAUUCUGAGAUCGGCGAGGACGGCCGAAGAGGGAGCCUCGGACAUCGAUUAUGAGAAGCUGUUGGACGAGCUCGAGGGUGAUUUGGAUAUUGUUCAUACGGUGCCGUUGGCCCAGGUGAAGCGGGUUCUUCACAAGUGGACCGGAGCCAUCGAGAAGGAGGUUAAAGCAUUCUUUGACUCAGGCGCACUGGUCAAGAUUCCCUAUGCCGAGGCGAAGACGCUUGAGGCUCAGGGAUCCCUAAAGAUCGUGCCAGCGAAGUGUAUUUUCAUGUUGAAGCCUCCGAAUAUUGCCGGAGGCAAAUGCCGGCGCAAGUGCCGGAUGGUUAUAUGCGGGAAUUUUAUCACCCGCAACGACGGAGAAGAUCAGGCGAGCCUAUACGCGGCCGGAACAAGUACAGACGCCCUGCGUCUGGUUUUGACUGUGGCAUCUUCCAGGCUAUGGUUAGCGGCGAUAGCUGACAUCACGUCAGCCUUUCUACUCGCAGAGUGGCCAACAGAGAUGCCCAAGUACGCUCUCAUGCAGCCCAAGGUCAUACAUGAAAGCGGCGACUUCGGUGGGGAACUAUAG